GAUUUUAGAAAAGGAUCAUUAAAGAUAGCAUAAUUCUCUUCCCUUUUUCCUCUUGCUAAUAAUUUAUAUAGUAGUUAGUUUUAUAAUUCGAUCAUGUACACUUAGGCUUGUAAAUUUAACGGAAGCUCACGGCUACCAGCAAAUUCAGUGUGCUUCCCAAUCAUGAAAGAUUUUUUCUAAGGAAGCAAAAGGAUCAUAGCCAGAUCUGACAUACGCGUGCUUCAUGUUAAGAAACGAUAGGUGUUCGACGGUCAGUCGAAGAAAUCACAAUUUAAUUGUAGUUAGUGAUAUCGUUGAAGAAUUAGGGGUUACGAAAUUAAAUCAACUUAUAAUUUGUAACUUGGUUUCUGCACGGUGGUUCAAGUAGGAACUAAACAUCAAAAAUAUUGGAAUUUGUCUAUGUACCUUGCUAUUUCGUACUUUUGCUAUGUACACUUUCAAUUUGACAAAGCCUACGUUUUUAUAGUGUUCUUAUUUUAUUUUACAAAGCGAAAAAUCGAUUAUAAAUAUUUUGCGUUAACCGCGCAACAAAAAGUAAAACGAAAAUCGGAGCGGCAGUGUUUAAAUGAGAGCUCAAAUGCGGCAUCUUCUUAGUUCUUGUACUAAAAGACAUAAUUUACUACAAUUGAAAUAUCGAAUAGCAACAGCAGGAGAAAGCGCAAUAUACGUUUAUUUUGUGCCAAGAAUUAUUUAUUGAUUUACUUAGUGAAUUAGAUUGUUGCACAUCUUCAAUGUACUUCGAGUCCUUGACAAGUGUCUCUAGACAGAUGUAUCAAGAAAUAGUUGGUCUGGAUGAUCAUGGAUGUUGACUACACAGUAAUUAGUUUGAAACGGUCUAGCAGUGCACCCAUGAUCAAUAAGAUCACUGCAACAAUGUCUGUAACAUCACCUUCCGCUUCGGCGCCAAGGGAUGUCCCAUCAAAUUUUAACAUAUUUUCAAAUUCACCUCGUACACGACGCUUCAGCACUAGUAGUCCUGGAACUGUUCCUAGGCUAACACCACGUGUAAGUCAAUUGAGACAAGAAGAAUGCAUUGAUGUUGCUGGUCGUGAAGCAGCACAUGAAAAAGAAAUACACAGUGCCAUGCAGAUCUCUCAAUCAUGGGAAGACCUCACCAUAGAAGCAGAAGGAUUGUCUUUUAAAGAUUCAGAAUCAGCUUCAUUGCAAUUUAAGAUAGAAUCACAACCAAUUGCUAAACGAAUUCUUGAUCCCUUGAGUAUCAAUUUAUCUGUAAGUGGUUCAACUACAUAUUCUUCACCAUCACCAACAAGAACUGGUUUUGGUCAAAGACAUUGCUAUUCGCCUGGUGUUCAUGCAGCUACAUGGAAAAAUAAUCUAUCACCUAGCCCUACUAGAAAAGCUUUUGCUACAAGACGGAGCCUAAGUCCUAUUGCGAUACGACCGAGUUGUUUGGCAUCAGUUAAAAGAAAAUUUGAAUUAGAUGAUUCUGGAAUGGAUCGGUUACAACCUCCUGCAAAACGUACUUCUGGUUUGCUAACUUCUGCUGCAUCUAGGUUGGAUGUGGCAAUAUCUAGUCUACAUCCUGGAACUAUUAGUUCAGUUGGAACCCCAGAGUCUUGUUCCAGUCUUGACUCUCUUGGUUGUUCUUUUCGACCUGUGCAUAGUCCAUCGCCUGGUCCAGGUGCUCCUUCAAUUGUUAAUGACGAUCCAUCUUCAUCUUCGUCGUUUUCGUCUUCGUCUUCAUCUUCUUCGUCUUCCUCGUCUUCUUCCAUUACCUCUUCUUCUACCACUACUUCAGCAGAAAGAUUGAGUGUACAGGUCAAAACUUUUAAAGAAAUACAGCACAAACAAAUUACACGAGAAAAUAAUGGAUAAAGGGAAGCAUUCAAAAACAUUUUAAAAGAGAAACAUGUAUCAUUGCGACGACAAACUUAUUCUUGUAAGUAGUAAAAGAUGAUCAUUAGAGCGAUGAAUUUUAUAUAUUAAAUUUAUCUAUAGAUCAUUUUUUUACAUUUAAUGCCUAUCUACAUUCUGGUCAUAUCUAUUUAUUAAUUUUCGUAUUGUGCAAACUGUUUAAAUGUGUAUUAGUUGCAUCACAAAUGAUGCUUUCAUUCUUGUUAAGAUGCUUAUUAAUAUUGUCAAAUAAGGUUGAAGCAAUGAGAUGCAUAUACAUACAUGUAAUAUGAACGCAGUUCUAAGACCAAAGCGAAUUAUUUAGGAAAAUGCGUGCUUCCUACCUUUAAGACUGAAUUCUGCGUUUUCUAAAUACAUCGAAUAUAAAAGUUCUCCUUUGCUUAGGAAGGGUACAUAUACAUAUGUGACGUUGGCUAUUUUAAUUUUAUAUGAUAAUUAAGCAUACAUAAUUUCAGUUGUGACCUUUUUUGUCAGUGACAAUCCCGCCAAUGUAUCCUUUGUGCGAUCCUUCUUUUCAAAAUAAGUAGACAAAUAAGCGUAAGUAUGGUGUACAUCGAUUUAUUAAUUCGCGCAUUAAUAGUAUUAUUGAUUCUAUGAAUCUCCAAUCCUGUAUAGUGUGUAAAUAAACUAUCUGUAGUAUGUACUUUUAUUCAAUGUAUACAAUAUUUCUGAAAAUUAAUAAUGUACAAGACAAAACAGUACUUUUUGGACAAAUAAAUGCGAAAGAUAAAAUA